AUGACGCCGCCUGCUAUCAUCGCCCCUUCUAUCCUUAGCGCUGACUUCGCGAACCUCGGCCAUGAUUGCGCUACCAAGAUGGAGCAGGGAGCCGACUGGCUCCAUGUUGACAUCAUGGACGGCCACUUCGUCCCCAACAUGACCAUCGGCUGCCCUGUCGUUUCCCAGAUUCGCGGAUGCGUCGACCGGCCACUCGAACCCGGUUCGCGGGGUACCUUCGACUGCCAUAUGAUGAUUAUGGAGCCUCAUAAAUGGGUGAAAGAGUUCAAAAAGGCCGGCUGCGACCUGUACUGCUUCCACUAUGAGGCCGCCGUGUCCUCCGUCGCCGCGACCGAUCCCACCGACAAGACCACCACGGACCGCACCAGCCCGCCCCAAUUGAUCAAGUAUAUCCACUCGGAGGGCAUGCAGGCCGGUAUCGCCAUCAAGCCUGAUACCCCCGUCGACGUGCUUUGGGACAUUCUCGACAGCCCCGACCUGGCCGAGCGCCCCGACAUGGUCCUCGUCAUGACAGUGCACCCCGGUUUCGGCGGCCAGAAAUUCAUGGCCUCGGAGCUGCCCAAAGUGGCAGCCCUGCGCGCGCGGUAUCCCGAUCUGAACAUCGAAGUCGACGGCGGCCUGGGCCUGGGCACGAUCGAUCAGGCGGCCGACGCAGGCGCCAACGUGAUCGUGGCCGGCUCGGCCAUCUUCGGAGCCGCGGAUCCGGCCGACGUCAUUCACAAGCUGCGCGAGGCGGUUCAGAAGCGACGGGGCCAGGCAUAG